UCGCAGAGUGAGCGUCAGGCGGUUUGAGAAAAAGUUUGUGGUUUGAAAAAGGAACGCAAGAUGGCGUUCAAAUCUGUGGCGGUUUUCCUCGCGUGUUUCGUAGUAUUAGCAUCAUCUCAAGUACCUAGGAUUCCUCGUAAGAAGCCGGCGAACCCCCCGGCACGGACGAUCGCGGACUCAGAGAGAGACGCUGAAAUCACCAACACGUGUCCCGAGGACGGCUUCUUCGCUGAUGCUGAGCAGUGCGACAAAUAUUACGAAUGCAGGAACGGUCAGAUCAUCGAGAAGCUGUGCCCGGACGGCAUGGUGUUCAACGACUACAGCCCGCAGGAGGAGAAGUGUGACUUACCCUUCAACAUCGACUGCUCGCAGAGGCCUAAACUCCAGACCCCAAUUCCAUCCCUGAACUGCCCGCGCCAAAACGGCUACUUCUCUCACGAUGACCCCAAGGAGUGCAAGAUCUUCUACUACUGCGUGGACGGCAAGUUCAACAUGAUCACGUGCCCCGACGGCCUGGUCUACAACGAGAAGACCGGCAUUUGCACCUGGCCCGAUGAGGCCAAGAAGAAGGGAUGUGGCGCUGCUGACGUUUUCGCAUUCGACUGUCCCGCUGUCAACGAAACGUUCGGGCUAACGCACCCGCGGUACGCCGACCCCGACGAUUGCCAGUUCUUCUACGUGUGCAUCAACGGCAACACGCCGCGCCGGUCCGGCUGCAAGCUCGGACAGGCCUUCGACGAUGUUAGCAAGAAGUGCGAGUGGGCGAGGAAGGUGCCUGAAUGCGCCGACUGGUACAAGGGUCAGCUGACUGACGCGGAGCUGGAAGCCCUGGAGAACCCGCCCACGCCGAAGCCGAAGCCCGCCGGCUCGCCCUCCCGCCGCAAGCCCAUGCGCCCAGUCAAGGGCAAGCAGGCCGAAGUAGAGGAGUAGAGCAUUUAUUUAGAUAGGAUAUUAAAUAUUUUGUACUUUAGUA